AUGGACGAAACCCAAGGCAGUGUUCCUAUCACGAAAGACUUCGGUUUCCUGCCCAUCCCUAGCAAACUUCGCCAUGACCCCGCUCACCCUGCGAAGUUCAGUAUUAUACUGAAUGUUACGUUUGGUUUCGGCAGUACAUUCAUCGUAUCAAAUCUGUAUUAUUGCCAACCUAUUCUCAUACAAUUAUCUCACUCGUUUGGUGUUACGUACACUGAGGUAUCGAACAUACCAACGCUUAUACAAGCCGGCUAUGCUGUGGGACUACUCUUUCUUUCACCAUUAGGUGAUCUCAUCCGCCGGCGGCCCCUGAUUCUCCUCCUCGUUUUCUGUGCCGGGGCCUUCACUAUCCCGCUCGCCAUCACGAAAUCCUUAGCGGUCUUCGAGGCCAUGAGCUUCCUUGUCGGCGUGUUCACAGUGGCGCCAAUGGUUCUCAUGCCUUUGGCGGCCGAUCUGGCCCCGCCGGAGCGCAAGGCAUCGGCCAUCUCAGUCGUCCUGUCCGGCCUUCUCCUAGGCAUCCUCCUCGCCAGGGUACUCGCCGGAAUCAUAGCACAAUUUGCUUCGUGGAGAGUCGUAUACUACAUGGCUAUCGGCGCGCAAGCUGCCGUCUUCGCGUUGUUUUAUUUCGUCCUGCCGGACUAUCCCGCUCGAAACCAGGACUUGACUUAUUUCAGGAUCCUCUACACGAUGGCGAAGUUCACGGUUACUGAGCCGCUUCUCAUCCAAGCAUGCCUGAUCCAAAUUGCGUCAAGCGCCAUGUUUACGAGUUUCUGGGUCACGUUAACGUUCCUUCUUGGAGGACCGCCCCUGGAUAUCGGACUCUUCGGUCUGGCGGGAAUGUUCGGGGUGGCCAUGGGCCCGAUCCUCGGUCGCAUAACUGACCGUCUCAUCCCGUGGUAUGCCACCUUGGUGGCCACCCUAUUUCUCACCGUCGCUCAAGCUAUUCAAACUGGAGCCGGUGGUAUCAACGUGGGGGCGGUCAUUGUGACAUGCUUUGGGAUUGAUAGUUUCAGGCAGAUGCAGCAGGUCUCGUUGACCACAGCUGUUUGGGCGAUCGACCCAUCCGCUCGCGCACGACUUAACGCGGUAUUGGUCAUAUCGAUAUUUAUCGGUCAAGUUAUGGGUACCUCAGUAGGUACGAAGGUCUUCGUCGACUAUGGGUGGCGCGCCGCUGCUGGUCUCUCGAUGGCUUUCUGUGGUUGGGAACUCGCAAUCCUUCUGCUCCGCGGGCCACAUUGUGAGCGGCAUACAUGGAUUGGGUGGGAAGGCGGAUGGGAAGCGCGGCAGAAGGUAAUCAAGGAGCGACAGCAAUACUCGGUCGGUGAGACAGACUUAGAAGGCGGCGUACCGCCGGUGGGGAAGGAUUCACCACGCGAUACACUGGCAGUAGCGCAGGAGUCGGAGCCUCCUAGCGAGGAAAAGAAAGUAGCCCAAGAAGAGUCGAGCCAGACGGUGUAA